AUGCUGUCCCUGUCCGCGCCGCCGCGAUGCCACCCUUUGUUGCGCACGCCGCCCCCGGCAAGCUGCUGGCGGCCGGGGCUAAGCGGAGGGCGGCGGCGGUCGGGCCUCUCCCGGUCCCCGCCAGGGGUGGGAGGACACUUCGGACCCAGCGUAGAGGAGGCCUCCGAGGCCCAAGCCGGCUUCGGCUGCUGCGCGUCCCCAGAGGCUCCCUCGGGCCUCACUCGCGGCCUCUCCUCCAGACGCCAGGGGCCUGCCACAAAGCCGAGGGCUCCGCAUGGCCGUGGGAGAAGCCGGGUGCACGGAGCCUCCCCGCGCCCAGACGCCGAGGGGAUGCAAACAGGAGAGCCAGGCCUGAUGGCAGGAUUUCCUCUUCAAGUCCAAGCCCAGCCCCCACAUCCAGAAAAUGGGGAAAUACUAAAGGAAGAGACGAUUAAGUCCCUGAGAGAGGGGCUCCUGGGACGCCAGCGUUUCAGAAGUAGCAUAGGCUCCUAGAUGGACGCUGACAAACCCAAGGAGCGCCUUACAUUGUCGGGCAAGGACCAGACUCCAAGUUAAAAGACCGGCCGGGCCAUCAGUGGCAGAGAGCAGAGCCUCAAACACGAAAAGCCAGAAAGUGCUGCAGAGGCGUGGAAGGUGCGCCCCGCUUCCGCUCCCCAUGCUGGUCCUCUGGGAGCCCAGGAGCCCGUGCACGCUCUGGUGGGCUCAUAGUUUGUAGCUUUGGAGGCGAUGGGAAGGAUUUGCCACGCUCCCACCCACCCCCUAUCCCGAGAGAGUGCAAGGGAGAUGCAACUGUCUUUACCCCUAUCCCCGGCAGGCGCCCCGAACUAGAGUGUACUUGUUUCCA